UUGGGCCACGUGGCUGCACAGUCAGAUCGUCUCUGUACAUGUCUUUGUGUGUUCUCAAAACCCACAGUAAUGGUGAUUCGCUAGUGGAAGUUGGUUUGUGAAACGACGUCGUAGUGUGCAGGAAUCGAAAGAGAAAUUUGAUUUGAUUCGGUUUGAAGAGGGAGAGAAACCCUAAGGUUCGAUUAGGAGAGGACGAAUAGCAAUGGCGGAGAGUUUGUGUGAGUUUUGCGGAGUGGCGAGAGCAGUGAUGUAUUGCAAAUCGGACGCCGCUGGUCUCUGCUUGCAGUGCGACCUCGUCGUGCACGCCGCCAACGUCAUAUCACGGCGCCAUCUCCGCUCGCUCAUCUGCGACAAGUGCUUCCAGCAACAAGCGGUUGUUCGAUGCUUGGACGAAAGCCUGUCGUUCUGCCAGAACUGCGAGUGCUGCUGCUUCACGGCGGCGGACGACCACCGCCGCGCCAAAAUACUUUCGUACAGCGGAUGCCCUACCGACGGCGAUUUGGCCAACAUUUGGUCAUGGAUUCUCGAUUGGAACUUUUCCCAGCCGGAUUUCGGAAUGCCGAGCGGAAGUGAAGCGGCGGCGGGGAACACUCUCGAUGAGAUAGCGUCGUGCCUCAAAUUUGGAGCGUUUGCAAUUCCGCCGCUGCCGACGACGACGUCGUUUAGUACGGAUAAUAGCAAUAAUGAUUUACCUCUGUUUUCUCAAGGAUCUUCCUUCCAAAAGGCAUGUUCUGAUAAAUAUGCAGUAAAGGAUGUUGGGAUUCCUGAGAGUAGUGAAUUAUGCGACAAAGUUAUUGAUAUUGAUAGCUUGGCCUUGAGUUUCGAGGUCGCUUACGAAAUGUUUGGGAAUCUUCAGAACAAUCAGAACAAUCCCUGUGACAAUGGCGGAUUGAUGGAGAAAAACUUAUCCAUCACGGGAUCGAACAGUACUCGUCUCGACACUACUUUGGAGGCAUCAUCUUCAGUACAACAAGACUGCAUUGGUUUUCAGCCUAAUUUGAUGCCACCGGGCAUGCCUGCUGCUGCAAAUUGUGUGGCGAUGGAUCCAAGUAUGGGGCUUCGAUUCGCAAACGGACCAGCCUCUUCGAUUGCAUUAUCCAACCCAACCAGAGAAAGCAGUGCUGCUGAAUAUCAAGAUUGCGGUAUAUCACCCUUGUUUAUGACAGGAGAUUCUCUAUGGGACUCGAAUUUCGACCCACGAUCCCCGCAGGCAAGGGAUAAAGCUAAGAUGAGAUACAACGAGAAGAAGAAAACAAGAAUGUAUGUGAUUCUUUCUUAUCCCUCUUUCAAUUUAUUUACUUUCUGUUUUCAAAUUCCUUACAACGGCGAUUCAUAUUAUAUGCUCUCACUCGUGAAUAUGAUGCUAAAAGUCUUGACAUAUUAUUGGAAUGAAAGAACUAAUGGAAUGAUGGUGCAAGUGUAUGCCGCUCACUUCUCAACGAACUUGUUGGAAUGGCCACCACAUCUAAAAACUUAUGCUCGCCGUUUGGUAAACACAUUCGAUAUGCUUCUCGUAAAGCAAGAGCUGAUACCAGAAAAAGAGUCAAAGGUAGAUUUGUGAAAGCUAGUGAUGCUUACGACUACUACCCCCUCGAAGAUACAAUGCCUUUAUAAUAAGCUCCUCCUAUUUCUGAAAACAUACAAUUUUCCUUCCUUCACAAAAUAAAGGUAUAAUUUUUGUCUUCCCCCCCUUUGCUAGCUAGCUGCUUACUUAGCUUAUUGAUCUGUUUAAAGUCUGUUUAAAGUGUUUGUGUGUCGGUGUCGGUGUCUUCCCUCCCCCAUCAUUGAAUUUAGUUUUGUGCUCUUGAAGCUUAAUUCGUAUAUUUGUAACAAUCUUUCCAAGUGUAUAAGAUUGCUGGGGUAUACAAGUUCGUUUCAAUAUACUAUAUAUCAUUAGCUGUUCUGAUAAGCUCCAUCCAUUUGAUUUACAUGUAUGAUGAAUAUGAUUGAGUGAGUGUGUGCGUGCGUGCGAAUGGGUUUUGUUCAGAUGGUUAGUCACUGCUAAACAUAACUGUUGCAUUUCAAGGGAAUUGAUCAAUGUUUUAAUUUUAACUGUGAAUUGAAUCAUAUGUUUGAAUAACCAUGUUCUAAGCUGAUUUCUUUGUUAGAUUUGUUGACAGCAGGUAGCUAAACAACAAUCAUACACUAGUAUUACUAGUAUCUUCUUUCCACUAUCCCAUUUAUAUUCUUUUUAUUUUGCAUCGUGAUAUUUUUCUCUACCUCAUAAUCUUUUUCCUCCACAGAAACGCUACAACUAUUUUCUACUUUGAAUGGAACAAACGUAUAAAUAAAUAUAUUGAGUUGGAACAGAGAAAGCAUUUGUUAAUAUGACCAUAGCUUCAACACAUAGUAUGCUGGCACUGCUUGGUGCUCGUCGGUUUUCUUCUCGUUAGAUUUGUUCUGUUCUGAUCUGCUUAUGGUUUGUUCAUUGAUCCCAUGAAUCAAUAGUUGUGGGUGUUGGCCUCAUGACUUAGGGUUAUUUGAUGUCCUCAUAGCAAUUACUAUUUGCCAUUCUUUCCAUAUUUAAAUUUUUUAUUCAUUUAUCUAUUGA